AUGUCGAAAAUCUUCAGGCGCAUGUCCUGGGUGGCGCCGGCCACAGAGGAGGAGGACCCGCACUCGGCAUACCUGUCGCUGCUGGACGCCAACCGACGCGAAGAGCAGCAGGAGAGCGACGACUUCGACUACUUUACCACCGCCAACACGGCCAAGACGCAGCGGCGGCGGCCGUCGUCACAGCAGCGGUACAAGCACAAGAGGGCGCGGUCGAACGACUCGUCCAAGUCGUGGCUCAGCUCCGUCGAGACGCCGACGUCGUCGUCGUCGUCUUCGUGGCUGGGCGACAGAGGCCGCCCGUUUCGGAAGCUCGUCAAAGAGCCCGGCAUCGGCUCCGCCCGGCCCUCGUUCUCUCUCGAGCUCUCCGAAGAGGACAGCGACGCCGAGAGGGUCGUCAACCCCCCCAGUAGCGGCGGCGGUGGCGGCGGCGGCGUCGUGCGGCGGCAGCUCUCCAAACUGAAGGUCAUGUGCCGAAAGGGAAUGAAACCCACGCCUGGCGUGUGA